AUGGCUCUUACAAGAGUACAAGGCAUCUUCACUAUGGCUCUCCUGCUUUCAGGGACCUGCUACGCAGCUGUGGAAGGCCCCUGGUGCUACAAUGACAAUCGUUGUGGACCUCCAACAUGGGUCUCCCAUGGUCAUUGUGGUGACAGUAGACAGUCACCCAUUGACAUCAAUACUACCGAAGCCGUCUUCAACUCCAGCUUGGGCCCUGUCACCCUUUCUGGCUAUGAUGACUACAGAAAGUUGCGAGAAAUAAAAAACACAGGGAAAACAGUUUAUGUCAAACUGAAGGAUGGUCUCUUCCUCAGCGGGAAUGGCCUUCCAGAUGUAUACAAAGCCAAAGCCUUGCACUUCCACUGGGGAAACGGUGCCUCCAAGCCAGGAUCUGAGCACUGUAUUGAUGGCAGACAGUAUUCUAUGGAGUUUCACAUUGUGCACACCAGAAACAAUAUGAGUUUGUCGGAUGCACUGGACGACCCACAAGGAAUCGCUGUGCUGGCCUUUUUUGUCCAGGCUUCUAAGAGUGCCAAGGGCAAGACGGCUAAAGCGUGGGAAUCCUUUUCUAAGAACCUCCUCAGAAUCAUUAAGAAGGGUUCAGAUUCAGAACUUAAAAGCACCGUCUCCCUCCAGGACCUAAUAGGUUCAACAAAUCUUGCCCACUAUUACCGCUACAGCGGGUCCCUCACCACUCCCAACUGCAACGAGGUCGUCAUCUGGACUGUCUUUGUUGAACCCAUUCUGGUGCCACGUAAAGUGGUGGCAUUUUUUCCAUUCUGUAUCCGUUCUACAGAUUCUUCUUCAGGGCCUCGCCUGAACAACAACUUCCGCCCCCUCCAGGGACUCCACAACAGAAUGGUGGAAGCAUCUGCCUUUUUGAAGCCUCGUUUAGCCACCUCCCGAGCCUCACCACCAGUAGCAUUCAUCCUGCUCUUACUUGGUAUUAGCGCUCUUGGGGUCUUACUCCUAUAAAG